GAAACAUCGUAAUAAUUGUUGAAGCGCUAUGUUCAUGAGGUACGGUACUUGUUAGCUGCAGAAGGUGUUGGCCUAUGGGAGAAUUUCUGGGCUCUUGGUGCUUUUCUCUUGACUGUGUUUAGGUCCUACAUGUUGAGGCUACCUCAUAGUCAGAAUGUUAAUCGUAUUUUUGUGCAGAAGUAUUAUAAAUGUUCAUUGCAGAGGUUGAGAUAAAACGCGUAAAUGAAACAAUAGAGUCUUGCCACUUUUUAGUGUCGGCAAGGAGAGGAAAACUUGCCGGUUUGUUUUUUUCUGUUCUAAAAACUGGAUCGGAAAAGAAUGAUAUCAUAUCAAGUAACAGAAGGAAUAAAUGCGUUAAACCUAAGGAAAUUUCAAACGUAACAUGAAGUAAACAGAUCUGCACCAUUGUCACCGAUUUCGAAUCUUGUCGCGAAGCGUUUUUAACAGUUGAUUCUUGGAAACCUGGCUAUCUCACCGAAAUGGUUUACAACUCACUAUGUGGCUCUGAUCAAUAGUCAGUUUGGAUUAAGUUAACGGUAGAUUUUACCGUAGGCUAUCUAAUCACCUACUUAAUGCUGCGAGUGUACACCUGAUUGUCAUAGCCAGCAAUUUUAGAGCGUAAGUAGGGGAAGACUUAACGAAGGAGAAAGGCACUUAGGUUAUACUUUCUGAAUAUCAGCUGAGUGGUCUCUUGUCACAACUUUGCUUUGAUAAUCAUCUAUUCCUAAUCAGUAAGGGUCUUAUAUGAAGAAAAACAUCAGCUUACGUGAUUUGAACUUGAUGGUGGACAUCACAGUACCCAUUAACUAUCAGGUUUAAGUAGAAGAUUGCAGCUCGUUCUAAAGCAAAUGCUUAGAUCCUGACCUCUCAGUGGUUAGAGCAUGUUUUUCGCUCUGCCCCUAUGUGGACAUAUAAAGACUACAAACGGUGAGAGAGCGGGCUAUAGUGGGCUUGUGCCAGGGGCACUAGCAGGCAGUGGUCCAUAUUUAUUGGUUAGACUGACUUAAGUAUUAUGUGGCUCACGGGAACUCAACAUAGUUCACUGACUGAUCUUAUUCGCAAAUUAUUCCAGUCUUCAAAAGAAGAAAGAAAUCCUCUUUUAAUAACAUCCAUGAAGUAAGCUGGAUCAAGAAAUUUAAUGGCCUGAAUUUUAUAUUUAUUACAUCUCUUAAUCGAGACCACGUGCAGAAAACCUGAAGAAACUACUAAGGUUUCGGACUUAGAUUUCCUCUUCUUGCUAGAUGAAACCCAGAUAUGUUAUUUAUAUAUCUUAACGUGAAAUCAGGACUGGUCUGGACUACUACUAUAUCAAACAAUAGGCAGUGAAGUGAUUGGACCUGUCAGUUACUCCAUUAAACUAUGUAGUCGGUUCAGUCCUGGUGAUGAACAAGAUUUCUGCGCUGAUGCAAACGACUCUAUUACCCACUGGCAACUUACACCAUAUGUGGCUUCGGCUAGAUGUCCAGCUGCGCAGCAGUUCACUAUUCCACUAUGUGGCUGUGAAACAUGGCCACUGAAGGUAGACACGAAAAGGCUUGAGUUGUUCAACUACCCUUGUAUUCGUAUCGUAGGCAGUUUGCUAUGGAACCAUCGCGUGAAUAACAGAGGUUAAGCAUAAAGUCUUAAGCAAAAGGUAUCUGUUAUUUCAUGAAAUCUUAAAAUUUCGCUGUGUUUUGGGCGCCCGCCGUAUGUUCUUAGUCACUACCUACCCCCUCAAGAUUUGGGGUGGAGCUGUGCUCACUAGUUUAGGGAGAUGACCUUCAACCUAUGGGUCAUAGACUCGAGUCUCGCUCCACCUACAGAGGCUUGGACAGUCAAGUAGUAUCACUAGUCUUCACACAAUAAAUAUGGCUCACUGCUUGCCGCAUGAAUGUCUACAAGGUUUCUGAGUUUUCUUAGCUUAAGAUGAAAUUGAUUGGUAAAAGAUUAUGAGUGGUUAGAUUAAAGUACAGAUCAAUUUUUGAAGUCUGACUAUUCGUCUGAAGCGUGUAGGGAAACGUAAACUUCUCGAUUGGAAUCCGUGUGACAGCCGAAAUCGGUGAUUGGAGACCUUAGACGAUUUCAGAUAAUUUUUUACUCGAAUUAUUAGUUUGGUUUUCAAAGAAAAUGGAGGGUGUUCUAUUGAAAUGGACAAAUUAUGUUAGUGGUUGGCAACAACGAUACUUUAUUCUUGAUGAUGGUGUUCUAUCAUAUUAUCGAUCAAAAGAAGAGAUGAAUAGCGGUUGUAAAGGAUCAGUUAAAUUAUCAGUUUGUGAUGUAAUCGUUCAUAGUUCUGACCCACGAAGGUUUGAUUUAAUUCUUGGAGAACAAAGAUACUAUUUACGUGCUUUAUCACGAUCUGAUCGACAAAGAUGGGUUGUAGCACUUGGAAGUUCCAAAGUAGGAAGUGUACCAUCAAAAUGUGAAGAUGUUAAUCUAUACGAACCGUCUCAAGCUCAAUCGAUUGAUAAUCAUCGUUCUGAAUUACGCUUGUAUCACAACUUAAUGGUUCAACAGGUGAAAGAAAUUCAAAGCAAAUUGAAAGAAGGAACAAUACCAGAUAUGAAUCGUAUUGAUGAAUUGACUGGUAUGUUAAAUGCAUCAUGUUCAACUUUUUUAAUUACUCUCGAUGAACUCAUGAUUUUGAGUAAUGCACAAGCACCAUGGUUGAGUUCAAUUGUGACAGGAACAAAUUUUGAGUCAAAUUCUACAGCAUAUCGAAAUACAACAAUGAACACAGAUUUCUCUGGUCCAUGUUCACCAAAUAUGAAUUAUACAUCGAAUAAUAUGAUAACCAAUGGAUCAUGUUCGCUAUCGAAUGAUGCUUCUUCUCAAAGUUCACGUACAAAAUCAAUAUAUCGUCGUCAUUUAAACACAUUACGAAAGUAUCAAACUUUCUUUUCAACCUUAGAGUAUAGCUUUGAAGAUAUUAAACCAUCAAUUCCUAUGGAUACAAUAUCAAAUUGUAAUCAUAUUGGUGAUGAAAUCAAACUUCCUGGUGAUUAUAUCUCAGCUUUAGAAUUGGUUAAAGCAUCAAAAUGUUUAUUCAGUUUUCUUGAUCGAUUAAAUAAUAAUCCAUCGAAUAGUCAUUUUUCAGUUUCACGUACUUAUACUGCUUUACAACAAGUUCGACGUCAACUUCUUGAUUAUUUACAUUGUAUUGAAGUACACGUUGAAGUGUAUACUAGUACAGAUCAUCUAAUAAAUGAUGUUAACGUUUCUUCUACUCCUUCAACUACUGUUUUUACUGAUAUCAGCGUUUCCAAUGUUACUAACAAUGUUAAAUCUACAGAGAAUAGUAAACAGAAUACAGAUACAAUUGAUAAAAGCAACUAUGAUAUUCUAUUCAAGAAAGCACAACUGAGUGUUGGUUAUCUUAUUCGAAAUGAAGUAAGGAAUAGAACGGUUCAAGAGAGUAAUUCAGUGUACAAGGCUAUUCUGUACUUGUGCAGAUGUCUCAAUUUUGUCAGAGAAUUUCUACAUCAUCUCUUCUGUUCACCUGAUCCAUCUACACUGAUUUCCACUUCGGAUACAAGUCUUGUCUCCAUUGCAAAUGAAGCGUACACCCGAUGUUUACGACCUUUUCAUUCAUGGUCUGUAAGAGGUAUGGCUAUGGUGAUUAUUCAAUCACUUCCAUCACAAUUGUAUUUGCUGGAUUUAUUGUUAUUGGAUAAUCCAGAAUCAUUGCCUGAGUCUUUCAAUGAAUCCCCAUUGAUUCGUUAUCCUGAAUCAUAUAUCCAAUUGAAAUUGGAUGCUGGACGUUUUAUUGAAUCAUUAGGUCGUUUUUUAACUCUCAUUGAAGGUUUAUUGGCCAGUUUAGACUUGGAUCGUGUAUUCACUGGAUCAGAAAGUUAUUAAAUGUAUGAAAAAGGAUAAUACUACUGCUACUACUACUACCACUGUAGUGAGGGUCGCUGAUAAGAAUGGAUAUAAGUAGUAUAUGUUGUGAGGGUGGCAGAAAUCAUAGAGAAUUUUCAGCAAUGGGUAGGGAUUCUGCCUUGCGUUUUCCUUCGCGUUGUUCUUGGCAGAAUCCUUACCCAUUGCUGGUAAUUCCCUAUGGUUUCUGCUACCCUCUCAACAUAUACUACUUAUAUCCGUUCUUAUCAGCGACCCUCACUACACUACACUACUACUACUACUCACACUAUUACUACUAAUGAUAAUAAUCAUAAUGUUCUGUCUUGGAAUAAAAUUUCUUGUUUUUAACUGUAACUUAAAUUUAAUAUUUGAUUUUCAUUCGACUUCAACAUUCCUUUCAAUUAAUCAUCAUUAUCAUUCCUUUUCUUUUAUCCAAACAGUAACUCGUUUAUUUAUUAUUAACUCCUCUAUUUUUAUUUCUUCGUUAUAAGAGAGAUGAAAAACACAGUAAACUGACUUGUUUUAUCCUUCUUUUGUCUGUUGUUAUUUGUUUGUUUGUUUGACUGAUAAAAUAUACAACCAAUCAAUCAAUAUCAGCAUACGACCAG